CUUUUGUAAAACGAGCUUCCAGUGUACAUGGUAUCACUUCUGCUCGCAAUGAUGGCAGCCAACACCAGUAGCCACUUAGCGAUGUUUUGUUCCAUUUGCAAGUCAAGCAAGUCAGUUCCCAUUCUUCCAGAUAGCUUUUCUCAAUUCCCCAGUGCGAUUAGUAUCAGCGAUCCCCCAUCAGGACGAAAGCAUCCUUGUGCGUUUUUUUUCUGUAUUUUCCGCUAUCCCACGCUGCUGCAUACGUAACAAUGACCACGCGAUUCCACCAAACGGUACUGAUGUUGUACGUUUUCUGUGAGCUAGCAACUCGUGGUUUCGCAUUGACCCCUCAACAGCACCAGCAAACAUCAACGAAUGCAACCAUUUGUGGCACGAGAUCAAGUGAAUUCCCUCCAGCCAAUUGGCCAUUCCACGUGGCACUUUUCUACACGCUGACUCAGUAUCGAAUGUAUUAUCUGUGCGGAGGAACGAUUGUGGGCGAGAGAACCAUUAUAACUGCGGCGCAUUGCGUGGUCGGUCAGAGGGUGGGCGAAACGAUGAACCGGACGUUUCUCACGAUCCGAGCUGGGGUCUUUGAACUGGAUGGGAACCUCAAACGGAACGGUACCUCCCUGGAUGUAGCCAAGAUAACUCUUCAUCCGGAAUAUGACAUGCGUGAUUUGCGCAACGACGUGGCACUGCUGACGGUUUCCGGUAGGAUUGAGUUCAACGAGCUGGUUCAGCCUGUUUGUUUGUGGCCCGCGGAAGAUACGAGCUUGAAAGGAAUUGAAAACUCUGUCGGCACCGCUGUUGGCUGGGGAUUUGAUAACACGGAGCAGUUUUCGAAGAUUUUGAAGGAAAGCACCAAUCGUUUGGUGUCGGAGGAACAAUGCCAGAAGUUUUACACAGGGAUUCUGGAUAAAUUCAACGGAACGAUAAUAUGUGCAAGAACGGAAGUCUGCAGCGGCAGUGGGGGCAGCGGAUUGUAUGUCCGUCGUGAGGGACAAUUUUUCCUGCGUGGAAUUGUAGCUUUUGGCCCAACUACUGGACAUGGCAAAAGAUGUGGCAUCGAUACGGUCACCGCAUUCGCCAACAUCGCGUUCUACACCCAGUGGAUACAGCACCAGAUGGAUGAGCAUUGAUUAGAACGCUUUUUAAAUGUAUCGUUGCUGUUAUGAUAUACACCAUUU